AUGAAAGAUCACAAUCGUGAGCAACAUGAAAGAGAAAUGGAAAGGGGAAGAGAUUUUUUUGAGCGUAUUAUACAUGAUGCGGGAGCUUUUGGAGAGGAAAAUGUCGAUGAAAUUGAUGAAGAAUGGGCUGAAUUCGAACGGGUUCUUCGAGAAUAUCGUGAGCGUCGUAUGUCAUCAAAUUCUAUGGAUAUACAGCAACCGCGACGAAGAGAAAGACGUGUUAAAAACCAGGCUUUUUAUCCUUGUCCGGCUAGUUUUUCAGAGCCUGACCAGUAUGAAUAUUCUAGCGAUGAUGAUGGCUCUAGUUACGAUGGUGACGGUUACAAAAACACUCUUGUGAGGAAAUUUGCUUUUAAUAACGGCACUAAGCAUGUAUGCAUGCAUGAUUGA